UUUUAAGCAGUACAAAUGUUACUGGCUUCUUAUGCCCAAACAUUUUCUCAUGCCCCAAUUCCAAACAUGCACUUAGCCGCUUGUUUGCAGACUUCCGAUUCUCGUCGAUCGCAGGUUACAGCUCUUGAGGUACAAUGUUUAUAGCAACAGAUAGCGGCUGGUUGAAUAGUAAAACAAUGAAGGCAUAAUAUCAAAUCGGAAGUUUCUAAAGCUUCAUUCAUGGCCCAUGUCAGAGGUUGCACAUAGGUUGUUAUUGGUUGCUGGUGUCCUUCGUAGGAGAUAGAUGCUCUCCGGAGGUUGGUUGUGGUUUCCGUCAUGUGUAAUCCUUGAUUCGAGAGGAGAAUCUGGGUCAGGUUUGCUGGGUCAUGAGUCUUGGGUCGUAGGUAAGAGUGCUACCUCACGCUGCUGCAAUACUCCUCCUUCCUGGCCCCUCUCCUCCUCUCUUCUGCCCUCCUCCUCUGCGUGCUAUGAUCCUACCUAUGUUGUAGAUUUGCUCUACAGUUUUAGAUAAAAGCUACCCUUCAGUGGGUUACUACAGAGUCAUGGACCAUGGAAGAAAAUGAGGGAUUAUUUUGAGGAAGCCCUGGGAAAAGUUGGGUAAUUUAGAUUCAAUUUUAGUUUUGAAAUAAAUUUGGGACUUUUGGGAAGUGAUGAGUAUAAGGCAACAAUUAUAAGUAAGACUCUGGGUGAUCAAGUUGCUGGGUCCUAACAUCCAAAGCUUAUAUUCUUCUUCAAGCACAUGAACACCAUUCCCUCUUUUCCUGUCAAGAUUUCUACCUCUCUGUACAAGUACCUACAACCCACUUCUCGUCGCACCAACACACUCUCCGCCACAGUUAGAGCGACCCAACCCCCCACCACGACACUAUGCCACUUGGACUGCGCGACCACGGUUGCGAUCCAUAUAACUUCCUGCAUGAACAUUCUGCAACUUGGGCAAAUUCAGGCCAGGCUGAUCCGGACCCGUUUUCAAGAUUUUUACACAGCACCCUUUUACUGGAACAGCAUCAUUCGAUCAUAUACAAGACUAGACUCUCCCAAGAAGGCAAUACAAGUGUUCAUAGAGAUGAUGAGAGAUGGUGUAGCUGGAGAUGAAUAUACCAUGCCCAUCAUGUUGAAGGCAGUUUCUCACCUUUCGAAUUAUAUUUUAGCAAAACAGCUACAUGGUCAUGUGCUAAAGCUUGGGCUCAGCGCUAAUAUGUAUUGCGAGAGUGGGUUGAUAAGCUUAUAUGCAAAAGCGUGUGAGUUUAAGAAUGCGCGGAAGGUGUUUGGUGAAAAUAGUGAGAGGAUGUUGGGGUCUUGGAAUGCUAUGAUUUCUGGGAUGGCACAAGGAGGGAGGGCAAAAGAAGCAGUUGAGAUAUUUAUGGAGUUGAAGAAGGCUGGAUUUCGUCCUGAUGAUGUGACUAUGGUUAGUGCUACAUCUGCUUGUGGGAAUUUAGGGGACCUGAGUUUGGGUUUGCAAUUGCAUAAAUGUGUUGUUCAGGUGAGGGUGGCUGAGAAAUGUGAUAUGUUGAUGAUGAAUUCACUCAUUGAUAUGUAUGGGAAAUGUGGGAGAAUGGACCUUGCCCAUAGAGUGUUUUCUGGGAUGGGAAAAAGGAAUGUAUCAUCGUGGACGUCCAUGAUUGUUGGCUAUGCCCUGCAUGGACAUGCGAAGGAGGCUCUUGAGUCCUUCCGUUGCAUGAGAAGGGAAGCCGGUGUGAGGCCUAAUCAUGUGACCUUUGUGGGAAUUCUGAGUGCUUGUGUGCAUGGUGGGAAUGUAGAAGAAGGAAAGCACUAUUUUAGGAUGAUGAAAAGUGAAUAUAAGAUCAUGCCAAUGUUACAACAUUAUGGGUGCAUGGUUGAUUUGCUUGGGCGGGUAGGGUUGCUUGAAGAGGCAAGGGAAAUGAUCGAGGAGAUGCCAAUGAAGGCAAAUGUGGUGGUUUGGGGAUGCCUUAUGGGGGCUUGUGAAAAGCACAGGAACGUGAAAAUGGGAGAAUGGGCAGCUAAGCACUUGCAAGAGUUAGAACCUUGGAGUGAUGGGGUGUAUGUAGUUUUGUCCAAUAUUUAUGCUAGUAGUGGUCAUUGGGAUGACGUGGAAAGGAUGAGAGAUAUUUUGAAGGAGAGGAAACUAUGCAAGGUUCCUGCAUAUAGCUUACCCACAAGUUUGGACUGAAGAAUGGCUCCUCAUCUAGCCGUGUUUCCGAUUUGUCACAGGCCGUGUAUGUGCUAUGGUGGUUCUUACUAGAGUUCGUGUUAUAGCCAAAAGUUUAGUGGCUUACUCUCUAGAUUAAGUUGAGCUUCUUACUUAUUUGGCUGAAAUGGGAUUUUCUGUUAGAAAAUUGUGCAGCUAUUUCAGACGAUUAACACUUAGCUAUGUGGACGCUGCAAUCAUUGUUCCUACUUGUUAGUAGAUGGGAUUCUGUUGGGACGUGAAUCGACGCUGAUAUGACCGCGUGACGGUCGGAUGGGAGCUUCACCCCUGAGGUUACACCUGAUGGCAUGUUUGGUUGUUGCACUGUUGACAGGUCGCAAUUAUAGUUUUCAAGGAUGUUGUGCUUCAUCCCGAUCACAUUGUUCUUACCCUCCAAGAGCGAGAGAGUGUUUGUUGAAAGAUUUAGUUUCAAUCAUAUCUCAUACGAUCUAUUUUCAGGUCCGCCACAAAGCUCAGGAGGAGCCUGUUUCAUUAUCAGAUUGUGUUAGUAACUCUGAAAUGGCAAUUUGGUUGCUUGUCUCCGCGUUUCUUCUAAGCUUAAGCUGAAUAUAUAUGGAGGUGAUUUUGCAGUAAAGUUGGAUUCUUACAAGUGUCAGCAAAGUACUAAAAGUGAUGAAGAUGCUCCUGUAGUAGUAAAAAAAGGUAGAAUUCCGGAUCGUUUGUAUGUCUCGAGCUCUAGUGAGGAUUUUGAUUGUGUAGACGAUGCACCUGUGGACGCUGUGGUUGAGGGUUGGGACAAGAUCUCUUACAUCAAUCGACCUGUUGAGAUUUGUGACGAUGACAAGCUCUUCACAUUGGGUGAAGCAGUAAAAGCGCUUCUUCCUGAGGUUUUUAUGGAAGACAUCACCUGCAGAGAGGAGGAAGAAGGCGAGGGGAAAAAUCGGCUUUAGAAGAGACAAAAGGAGUGUUUGGGUUUGCUUAAAAAAAGCGCUUUUCAACUUUUGGCUUAAAAAAAGUUGAAAAGAGUGUUUUCAAAUGACAGCUUCUGCUUAAAUUAAUCACUAAAAAGCUAAAAGCUGGAAGCAGGUAGAAGGGUGCUUCAAAGUGCUUCUCACUUUUUAUAUUACACAAAAAGUACUUAUUUUACCAAACACUACCAACUUUUACUUUUCCAGAAUAACUUUUUUCUCAAACACUACCAACUUUUACUAUUAAUCACUUUUCCCAAAAUCACUUUAAAAAAUUACUUUUUUAAAGUAGCAAUUGCAAACACUCUCAAACUUUACCAGCACUAAGGAAACUGGUGGAGAAGCAUCAAAUAAUGGAGAAUCAAACUUGUUAGGAUCCAAGGAAUAGAACCAAAGACGGAGAUCCCUUUUGCUUGGGUGGUGAAAAACUUGGUAAACCCUGAAUACUUUCUUCAUAUUUGUGUAUAUGUCAAAGCUGCACACCCAAUUGCCAUAUAGUGGGAGAUUAGGAUCUUCUUUCAUGAGAUGCUCAUUGUGUAUGUGGUGGGUAGGUUGAGUGAUGGGGAGAUAUUAUAGUUCACACUUUCUGGAUAGAAAGAAGAGGUAGGAGUGUAAUAUAACACAUUUGUAGACAUGUUUUUUUAAUUGCUAGUAUUUGUUAAUGUUGUCUAUGAUAAUUUUAUUAUA